UUUAAAUAUUAAAAAUAAAAUCUAUCACAUGACUGGACAAAGGGGACACAACGUGUGGUGUGUCUCCCAACUUUGUUGAGCUGUUUAGUACGCCCUUUAGUUUAGUUUAGUUUCUUUAUUUUUAGUGUGAAGAUUAGCUUCUCAAAAUGCCUCUGUUUAAGAUUAGCAACCCUGGAAUGGCUGCGUUCCACAUAGCCAUUGCCGCCCUUAUGGUCGGUACAGGUACAAUAAAUACUCUAGCCGCAAAGUGGGCCGACAAACUGAGAUCCCAUGGAUAUAAUCCAAAGCCCAAACAUGCUUUUGAUCAUCCAUAUUUUCAGGCUGCUGAGAUGUUUCUUGGUGAAAUGAUGUGCAUCUUUGUCUUUAAGAUUUGGUUCUUCUACAGGAACUGCCGGAAGAAAGACAUGUCCAUUUUCGGGCCCCAGAAAUUCAUACCCAUAGUCUGGGCGAUCCCGGCCAUGUGCGAUCUCCUUGGUACAUCCACCAUGUACGUGGGACUCACUUGGACUUUUGCGUCAAGUUUCCAGAUGCUUCGAGGAAGCGUCAUUAUUUUCACUGGCCUCCUCUCUGUUGCUUUUCUGGGGACGAGGUUAAAAAUACAUCACUGGUUCGGGAUGCUUUUUGUCCUCCUGGGGCUGAUUUUAGUCGGCGUGGGCGAUACUAUUUUUAGCCACGAGUCUCAAAGUGCUUCUCAUUAUUCGUUGGCUGGUGAUCUACUCAUCGUCCUCGCUCAAGUCAUAACAGCUGUCCAGAUGACCAUCGAAGAGAAACUCAUCAAGAAGUACAAAGUCCCUCCACUUCAAGCUGUCGGCUGGGAAGGGAUUUUCGGUUUCUCCGUCUUGUGCAUAGCGAUGAUCCCAAUGUACUUCAUACCAUGGCAUCUUCCGCAGACCAGGGACAUUUGGCAGCAGACAACACGUUUUGAAGAUGCCGUCGAUGCCUUUUACAUGCUUGGAAACAACUGGCAGCUCCUGUUUGCUUCCAUUGGUACCGUCAUUAGUAUCAGCUUCUUUAACUUUGCCGGAUUGACGGUCACAAGUACCAUGAACGCUACGACAAGAAUGGUUUUAGAUAGUGUCCGUACUAUCUUUAUCUGGGCUUUCUCUCUUGGUAUUAAAUGGCAGGCUUUCCAGGCACUCCAGCCUGUCGGCUACUUUGUCCUCUUUAUUGGCACCUGUAUCUAUUACGAUAUCAUUCUGAUGCCACUGUUCCGUUACGCUUUGGAUAAAGUUCGCCACAGGUACCCAAUGAAAGGAAGAAUUGGGGGAAAUAUACAGGAUGACGAGAAAAAGCCUUUGUUGGGAGAUGACUCAGCAGAAUAUGAGCACAAAAAAAGGCUACCCAAUUUUAUUGGUUCUAAUACUAAAGACUACUAGAGAAAAGAGAGUUUUCAUUUGCUUGUGCAGUUAUAGUAGCCACAUAAUAAAUAAUAGUAUAACCUCCCCCCUUUCUGUUUCCUCUCAAGUAUUUUGAUAUUGUUGGAGUCCCUGUUUAACAAUAAUUACUAUCUUUCAGUCUCUAUCGUUAUUUUUUGUUAAAAGAUCAUUUUGACUUUCAAUUACUA